AUGGCUGCAUCAGAGACAUAUCCUACGCGAUACAUUUUACAUGCUUCCCCUCUCGACCGCCAAGGUCCGAACGGACCCCCAGAGGGCUCACUACAGCUCUCCCCACAUUCAGACCAUUCAGCUCCGCAAUAUCCCAGCAGCCGCAGCUGGAACCACACGGCCUCCCCUAGCAUCGAGCCCGAAGAGUCGGACGUGGUCUUCCAGCCCAAGAUCAUCCAGCCGAAACGUGAGCUUCUGGGCUUCCUCGAUCAGUACGAUGAAACCACGGUGGACGAGCACCUCGAAUACCUCAGGGACCCGUACAUGCGGAAGUACGCCCCUGCAGACGGUCCCAAUCUUUCAGUCUCCGAUAGAACAGAAGAUGUCGAGCUCCAGUCCGUGGGUAAAUUAUACCGAGGGAGAUCCAGGGAAUGUGAGGAGGUCCAGUUACUGCGGAAAGCGUUGUACACUAAGUUGCGGCAUCCUGGCCGGGUCGGGCUCGACACGAUAUGGGCACUCUAUCAGGCUGUCCCGGAACCAAGGGCCGCGCAUAUGAGCUCCUCAGUGAGACACCUACUCUUCGCUACCCUGAGUACAACGGAGCGCAAAGACCACAAGUCCAUGUUGCGAUAUUUCGCUGUGGUCGCCGACGUGAAGAAUAGCGGGUUCACACUGACUCGGAAGGAGUGGCACGGGGCCAUGUCGUUUGCCAGCCGCUAUGUUGCGACGACGACCGAGGUCGAGACCGAGGCAGCCCUCCGUCUUUGGCGCGAUAUGGAAGUAAAUGCUGGCAUCAAAGGGAACGAGGUCACGUUCAAUAUCCUCUUUGAUUCUGCAUCUAAAGCUGGGAAAUUCAAUCUUGCCGAGAUGAUCUACGAAGAGAUGACAACCCGUGGCUUUCCGUUCAGUCGGUACCACCAUGUCAGUUUGAUUCAUUUCUUCGGCCUCAAGCAGGUUGCGAGUGGGGUCAGGGCUGCCUAUAAGGAGAUGAUCGAGGCGGGCGAGAUCAUCGAUACGGUCGUUCUGAACUGUGUCAUCGCUGGCUUCAUCCGCUGUGGAGAAGAAGAUGCAGCCGAUCGCGUCUACGAGAAGAUGAAAGCCUCGAACGCCAAUUUGAAGGUCGUGCCACACCGCGACUAUACUAUGCAGAAGUCCAUCACGAAGGUGCUCAUGAUGUUUGCGAAAGUGGGAAAGAAGCAUCCUGAUAUGCGUUCCAACUUCCAGCAGGCCGCCUUGCUCUCCCCGGAUCUACGGACGUACCGUAUCCUGAUCACCCACUACGGUGUAAGGCUCGGCGAUCUAACCAAAGUUUCGCAAUUCCUGGACGAGAUGAAACUCUACAAAGUUCCACUUCAUGGAUCCAUCUUCCUCGCCUUGUUCAAAUCGUUUGCUGUCUACGGUGGCCGGGGUUCGGACUGGAGCAGCAGCAGGCUUGACAGCGUCUGGGAUGCCUUCCUUAGUGCGCUCGACUCAGGAGCCGAUGGACUCACCAUCGGCACAUGGUUGGCUAUGGCCGUGCUUAACGCAUUUUCGAAACAUUCAUCGAGAGACCAGCUAUUAGACAUCUACGAAUGUCUCAGAUCUAGGUGGGACCUGAACACGGCGGACUCGGAGUUCAUGCUGGGCUUCCUGAACCGUCUCCUCCAAGGUGAUGACCUCAUCAAUAGAAGAAAGGGAGGCGGCACCGGUCGCGGUCUUUGGAGUUAG